AGGCCGAAGCCACAGGAAGCUUUAGGUGGUGAUUGUCCAGAUCCGGUGCUUGAGCUCCCCAGCCUUGCUCUGUCCUGCCCUGCAAAGAAAAUAUAGUGACAGAGAAUGUUCCUGACACCAGCGGUGCACUGCUUCUUGCGCUGAGGAUCGUGUCUUUAACGCGCUGGCAGCACAACUCAAAAGCUUGCUGUAGAAAGGGAGUGAGAGUUUCCACCCUGAGUGUGUAGCAGCAAAAUCUGCCAAUCAUGGCAAAUUACAUGAAUGAUUCUGUGGAGGCUAAACCAAGAUUGCUGAACUCAUUUUCAUGCAUGGCUAAACACAGAAUUGGACCUCCUGCUCCAGAAGUGAAAGCUCGGCCCGGAUUGUCCAUGUGUUUACUUCCCCCAGCCCGAGGAUUUGCUCUUUAGGUUCCUGUUGAAAUGCAACUCAGCAGCCAAAGUACUUUGCGAACACGGUGCGGCAUAAACACCCAAACUUUUCUCUAGAAGGAAAAAUACAAUAAGAAAGCGGCUCGGCCUGUCUCUUGCUGCCAGGGAGUGCGAGUGAGUGUGUCCGUGUGUGCCUGUGCCUGGAUGCGUGUGCGCGAACACGCGUGUGAGCGGCUGUGGAUGUGGCUGUGUGUGUGUGUGCCGGCGGAGGGGCGCGCGUGUUGCUCUUUAUCCAUGGGGAGAGAAGGCUUUGGGCGAAACCUCCGGAAAUCUCCCGGAAUCUAUUUGGAAAUAAUGGAUUAUAAAAAGGAAAAAGGAGGAAAGGAGCUGGUCUGAUAUCUCCUGGAGUUUGCUACCCGAAUUGCUGCUGCUUAGUUUGUUGUGCUGCUUUUUGUGUGUGUGUGUGUGUGUGUGUGUGUGUGUUUGUUGGUUGUGUUGCUGGUGAUAACCUUUUAGCACCUUCUCUCUUUAUUUCCCUCCUCCUUCCCCCCCCCCCCCCCCUUUAAUGUUUUGGAGCUUCUCGAGAGGGAUUGGCUGGGGGGAAAGAGAAACAUUUGCUUGGGAUCGCUGUUUCCCUGAUACAUGCUGGUGCCCCCUCCCCCCCGGUUCUCUCAAAAGUAUCCCAUCAGGACCCCGGAGGAGACUGUGUGUGUGCCAAGGGUAGGGGAAAAACUUCUUCCAAAAUAGUGUGCCCGGGGAAGAGGAUGGGGGAUUUUGCAGCCCCCGUUGCCGCCGCGAAUGGCAGCAGUAUCUGCAUCAACAAUAACCUGAACAGCAGCCUCGGCGGGGCCGGUGUCGGGGUCAGCAGCGCUCCCCACGGCCCUCCUGCCGCUGCUCCCAGUAACAAUAACGCGAACGGCGGCGUCCCCAAGCACAGCACGGUGGUGGAGCGGCUGAGGCAGCGCAUCGAGGGCUGCCGGCGGCACCAUGUCAACUGCGAGAGCAGGUACCAGCAAGCCCAGGCGGAGCAGCUGGAGCUGGAGCGCAGGGACACCGUGAGCCUCUACCAGCGGACCCUGGAGCAGAGAGCCAAGAAAACCGGCACCGGCGGCAGCAAGCAGCAGCAGCAGAGCAAACAGCAGCAAGAUGCCGAGCCGGCCACGGCGGAGCAGAGGAACCACACUCUGAUCAUGCUUCAAGAGACAGUCAAAAGGAAGUUGGAAGGCGCACGUUCCCCUCUCAAUGGAGAACAGCAGAAUGGAGUUUGUGAUGGGAGCUUUUCUCCGACCAGCAAGCGGAUACGGAAGGAUGUACCAGGCAUUGAAGCAAUCAACAGCUUGCCCAAUAAUUUGCCUUUGCCUGCUGUUUCUCCUCUUCACCAGCUUGACAUGAAAGCUCCCCUGCCCCUGCAGAACAGUGGAACUCACGGCAGUGGUCUAGAAGACUUGGGUAAAAACGGUGGGCUUUCUGAGAUAAAGCUCCCCGUUAAUGGUUGCAAUGAGCUAGAUGAUAGCUUUAACAUCCUGCAGAACAAGGAGCUAAAGCAAGAGCCUUUGGAUGACCCCAGCUGCAUAGACACUUCUGAAACAUCUCUUUCAAAUCAGAACAAGCUCUUCUCAGACAUCAACCUGAAUGAUCAAGAGUGGCAGGAGCUAAUAGACGAACUGGCAAACACCGUUCCAGAAGAUGAUAUACAAGAUUUGUUCAAUGAAGACUUUGAAGAGAAGAAGGAGCCGGAAUUUCCCAGGCCUGCCACAGAGACUCAGGAGAGUGCAAGCGUGAAAAGCGAUCCAUCUCAUUCUCCCUUCGCGCAUGUCCCAUUAGGGUCUCCCCAGGUGAGGCCUUCUUCUUCCGGUCCUCCGUUUUCAAACGUCUCCACAGCCUCCAGCAUAGCUUCCGUGUCCAGUGCCCCACCAGCCCCAAUCCCUGCCGGCUCACCAGCAAACUGUGUUGUUCAGUCACCUCAGACGCCCAGCCAGGCCCACACUCCAGGCCAGUCGCAGUCACGGUCUGGAAAUGGCUAUCUUAUGAAUCCAGCAGCAGCAACUGUGGCAGGAUCAGGGCCUGGGCCUGUGAAUAUGCCAACCGCUGACUUGUCUCCAGCUGAACAGCUCAAGCAAAUGGCAGCCCAGCAGCAGCAAAGAGCUAAGCUCAUGCAGCAGAAGCAGCAGCAGCAGCAUCCAAAUCAACCCUCAAGCUGGUCACCUGUGGGCCCUCCAUCUAGUCCGUACGGAGGACCCUUCAGUGCAGACAAACCAAAUAGUCCAAUGAUGUAUCCCCAAGCCUUUAACAACCAAAACCCAAUAGUGCCUCCUAUGGCAAACAAUCCACAGAAGACCGCAAUUAAUAACUACCUCCCUCAAAAUCACAUGAAUAUGAUCAGUCAGCAGCCAAAUAACCUGGGCACAAACUCCUUAAGCAAACAGCCCAAUAUGCUUUCUUACGGCAACACCAAGCCUCUGACCCACUUCAGCGCUGAGCUGAGUCAGAGGAUGACUCCACCAAUGGCAAAUCCCAGCAAGAACCCCAUGAUGCCAUACAUCCAGCAGCAGCAGCAGUCCCAGCAGCCGCAGAUGCAAGCUCAGAUGGCGCACCUGAGCGAGGAACAGAAACGCAUGCUCAUCAUGAAGCAGAAGGGAAUGAUGAAUCAGCCCAUGGCGUAUGCAACGCUUCCUUCCCUCGGUCAGGAGCAGCAUCAAGUGGGGUUGUCCCGGACCACGGGGCCUAUGCAGCCUUCUGUCCCAUCGGGCUCCAGCAGCCUGGUCACAGGCACGAGCUCUGGGGGUCCCUUCCUAGGAAACCAACCUCAAGCAGCCAUCAUGAAGCAGAUGCUGAUUGAGCAGAGGGCCCAGCUCCACGUGAUAGAACAGCAGAAACAACAGUUUCUAAGAGAGCAGAGGCAGCAGCAGCAGCAGCAGAUCCUGGCGGAGCAGCAGUUGCAGCAGCAGUCACAUUUGCCUCGGCAGCACCUGCAGCAACAGCGGAGCCCGUAUCCAGUGCAACAGGUCAAUCAGUUCCAAGGUUCUCCCCAGGAUAUAGCAGCUGCAAGAAACCAGGCAGCACUCCAGAGCAUGAGGACGUCCCGAAUGAUGGCGCAGAACGCGAGCAUGAUGGCAAUGGGUCCCUCCCAGAACGCGAGCACGCUGCCCACGACCGCGGGCCAGUCAGACAUGGGCAUGGCUCCUUACAGCAACGCCUCUUCCAGCCAGCCGGGAAUGUACAGUAUGAGCACAGGGAUGAGCCAAAUGUUGCAGCACCCAAACCAAAGUGGCAUGAACAUGGCACAUAACACAGGCCAGGGAACGAGGCAGCCUGCCUCCGGACAAGCGGUGGGAAUGGUCGGCAAUUUUGGUCAGAACAUGCUGGUAAAUUCUGCUCUUCCCCAGCACCAGCAGCAGAUGAAAGGAGCUGUGGGCCAGGUCUUACCCAGGCCGCAAGCACCACGACUUCAAAACCUGAUGGGGACUGUCCCUCAGGGAACACAAAACUGGCAGCAGCGAGGCUUACAAGGUAUACCCGGAAGGACUAGCAGUGAAAUGGGGCCCUUCAAUAAUGGCACAACAUACCCGAUGCAGUCUGGGCAGCCACGGCUGUCCAAGCACCAUUUCCCACAAGGGCUUAAUCAGACGGUUGUGGACACGAGCGGAACAGUAAGAGCCCUGAACCCAGCAAUGGGGAGGCAACUGCUGCAACCACUACCUGGGCAACAAGGCGCUGGCCAGGCCAGGCCGAUGGUGAUGCCUGCAAUAAGCCAAGGGGUCCCCGCAAUGUCUGGCUUUAGUCAGCCUCCAACGCAGCAAAUGCCGGGUGGUAACUUUGCUCAGAGCGGCCAAGGGCAGGCCUACGAGAGGAAUCCCACUCAGGACUUAUCUUACAACUACAGUAAUGAAGGAGCAGGGGGGUCAUUCUCCAGUUUAGCAGAGGGCGCAGACCUUGUGGACUCCAUCAUUAAGAGCGGACCAGGGGAUGAGUGGAUACAAGAACUUGAUGAGUUGUUCGGAAACCCCCAGUGAAUGGGCUUGUAUAGUCUGGAGCUUUGGUUGUUCCAUCUGAAAAAAGCAAAGAGAGUCGGAUAUCUCCCCAUCCUUGGAUUGUUGGGGGUUUUGUUUGAAUUGGUUUGGUCUGGGGCUAUUUUGUUUUCUGUUGUUUUUAAUUGUGCAAACUGAGCUGAUCUGUAGCCAACUUUGGAAGAUUGAGGAGAUGAUGAAAACAUCGGCAUCCCAAGACUUCCACCGAGCAACUUCUGUUGCGUGGCAGCACCCACCGUGUGUGUGGGGAGCGGGGGGCAGGAUGGGGAAACUGGAAAAGCCAGCCGAUGCCUCUGGUUGGGAAAAUGUGUUCUUUCCCCUCUGAAACGAGGCUUCAUUGCACAGUGGUGUGGGGUGGUCCCGAUCUCUCCCACCUCGUGUAACUGUAAACACUGAAGCUUUUAGGGGAGCGGAUGAAAACAGCUGGGAGCAAAGCCUAAAGAUGUCCAUGGGCGAUUGCACAGGCCCUGGUUGGAAAUAGGCUUAACCCCAGGGGCAGCCAGGCUCACAGGGCCAGCUCUGGGCUGUCCCAAGGAGAUGUGGAGCACACGCUUGAGAAACCUAAAGAGUCACAGGGAGGUCACCAUUUUCACUGCAGAGUGAUAAAGAUCCAGUAAAGAUGUAGGAGAACAUGAGUUUGGCAGCAUGGUGAGAACAGUUUGAUUAUGGGACUGCUGCUGGAUAUGGCUUAGGUGGGUGGGUUAACUUAAUGAGCUGCUUAGUCCCCUUGGGACUUGCCAUAGCACUUCCCUGUCAGGGCGCUUUGGCAUGUAUCCGCUGCCUGGGGGUGCAGAACAUCACCUAUGAGUGGUGUUGAAGGGCUAAGAGGUACCAAGAGACAUCAGCUCAGGUCCUAAGCAGGUCCCUCUCUCUCCUCCCUCACUCCCUCCCCAAUAUGUUUUCAGUUCACUUCCUUCCCCUCUUACCCUUCAGUGUAAAGCAAGGUGAGCUGAUUGCACUUUAUUUCAGGUGAGCAACAACUGCCACAAAGGAGCAGGCAGGGGAGGAGAAAACAGACAAGAGAAAAUGUACAGGGAGGGUUUGGCAGGCGGAAUGAGUUCCUCCUCUCCUCUUGAAAAGUGCAAGUUUGGCAGGCAGGAUUACCUUGGAGUGUCUGGGCUCUCGAUGUGAUGUUCAGUUUUAAACAGAUGUUUGGUUUAAUCUCUCUGGUUUGCUGGAGUAAAGUUCACUGCAGUAUUUGAAGAACAGGAACCAAUGAAGGACUACUGUAAAGAUCAUUCACAAAUGGGUAAAAUCAUUGAUAUAGUUAUUACAAACAUGGGGUCUGCCAAAAUAAGCUGUUAGGUAACAGCGAUGUAUCACUAUCUCCACUGUGUGGACCAGUGCUGAGCAGCACCAUAAUGAAGUCGUGAUACAUCUUGCACACUGAGGCGCCAGCCAUUCUGAAUGUCUAAAGCAGCGGUUCCCAAGCUGCAGCCUAAGGCCCAGGUAAGCUGUCCUCCAAAACCUAUCACCUUUCUAGUGUUUUCAGCUGAGAGCUGCUUGUCAGGUUAUGUAGUGGUGCAUAAAAUGUCAAUGUGAUCCACACUCCAAAAAAUUUGAGAACCUCUGGCCUAUUGCUGGCCUCUGUGAGCCAUACGAUGUGCUCUGCAGCGGACGUGUCGCUGGUACCACUGCCCAUACCAACUACCCAGCCACCGAUUACCUCCUUGUGUGCAGCUCUGCUUGGGGCUGGUGAUGUGAAGCGCUGAGCUGCUGAAACCCAGGGAUGCUGAGGGGCUUGGCAUCCUGCAUUUUCAAGUCCUGCCUUUCCCUGUGGAGCACAGACAUGCAUCACAUUAAGGAGUGGGAGCAAAAUGGGCCUGGAACCAUCUCAGCACCCUGUUAUGGUUCUCUUUUGUGCAGUAACCCCUUGCAGGGCUUACCUAGGUAUGGGGAAGUGUCUUUUAAAUGCUUAUAAUGUAGGCAGGACAAGCUGCAUUUUAACAUGGACUAGCUGCUCAAGGUGAGCUGUCAAUCCAGCUAGCCAAGUGCUACAUUUUUUUAAAUGCUUUAGUUACAUCUCUUUUAGCUAACCCCUUUUUAAAACACAGUGUGAGGAUCUAUUCCAGUUCAUGCUGAAGACGAUAGAGGUUUCCCUGUCCACUGCUCCAGCAGGAGCCAGGGCAGCCCCUAAUUCAGUGAAGGAGAGCACCAGCCACAGUUUUCAGUCCAUCUUGCGGGUAAGCGGCUCUUGGUGGACGGAAGGGACAGGCAAAGGAGAGAAACAGUACCCUGAGGGGAUGAGGGCAUUGUGUGUGUGUAUGUCUGUGUCUGUGUGAGCGUGUAGGUGAAGGAGCAACGGGCACAACCUGUCCUGCGUGGCAGAGGUGUGCUGGGAUGAGGCGGCAGCGCGCCGACAGCGCUGGGGCUGGCACAGCGUCCCUUCCUCGGGUGCCAGUGCAGAGCGGGGCAGUGCGGGGUUAGAAACACACAACCACCAAGUGCAAAUCCACGUGUGUCAGGGAGAUUUGGUGAAUAAAUGGUGGUGAAGACUGAGUCUCUGUUGUCUUUGUAAAGCUUCCUCCAAAUACUCCGUACCGGGACCAAGUACUAGAGAGGUAGAUUUUAUUAGAUUUGGGGUUGGGUUUGUUUUUUUUUUUUCCUUUCUUACUAUGGUGCUGAUGUAUAUGUAAUGUUAAAAAAAAAAAAAAUAAAAGUUAUUUGUAAAUAUGUUUUUACAAUUCUACAGAUAUCACUGGGUCUACUAUCUGUAAAAUAUAUAAAAAUAUAUAUAUACUGUUUGUUUAAAAUAGAGUAUUUUUAUUUCAUUCCUUAACUCAUCCUUACUGCAGUGGUAUUGCACUUCAGAUGACGUCUAAUUACUAAUUUGUACUGUAUUCCUGACAGCAACUUGCUCCAUUUUAUUCAGAUUUUUCUAGUUUUCUGUUUUUACUUUGUACAUUAAGCAUUGCUUAUUUCCUUUUAAAACCUGUACAGAGCUCUGAAAAUGUAGAAAAAGACCUGAUGUUAACAUACCACUUUUAAAGAAAAACGAAACAAAACAAACAAAAAAAAAAGAGAACCCAAAUAAAAGAUGGUUAUCUGACUCAUCUACCAGGCUGGCUUAGAGGAUCAUCUCUCGCCCCACUCCUGCGCCACGGUGGGUGAUGUUCCGGGGGGUAGGAGGGAAGGCAGCGCCAGAGCUGCCCCACUGCACCCUGCGGAGCUGCCCUCUCCCGCCCGGAGUCGCAGGCAGGGUACACC